GAGCGGCGAUGUCACCACGCUUGCGUGACGUCACUGCCGCCUCGGUGACGUCAUUGCCACAAUGCAGUUCUGUGACGUCACCACGCCCCCAGCUCAGUGUUGUCACUACCCCUGCUGUCGCGUGGCGCUGACCCUGCCCCGCCCCCCCGGCUUGGGCUGUCCCAGGGUGCCCUGGAGGGGGGACGUGUGGGGUCGCCGUGCUGGCUCCACCAUCGCACCGUGAGGAGCCUGGGUCGUUACAGGCCUUCGCUCUCCAGGCGGGGGGUGGUUAGACACCUUCUCCCUAGGCCUGGUGUCUCCUGGGCCUGGCUGAUAUUCCACACGGACAAAUUCAGGAUCCCGCCUGAUAUGGGAGGACAAAGGGGCGUGCUGUGUCCUCCUGGGCUUUCCCUGUGUGGCCAGGCGCUGAGUGUGGGAAAUCGCUAUGAUCCAGAGCCCACGUGACCCCACCUGGUGGUGCUGGGACAAGAGGGGACCUGUCCAGACUUUGCCUAUCCGAGAGAUUGUGCUGGCAACUUGCCUGGACCUACAGUAACGAGCCUCCAGUGGAGCAGAAGGCAGCUGCUUUCACCCCAGGGUGGGAGCUUGGAGGUGACCAGGCCUAGCAUGUGAUGCUCCCUUUGAAUCUGAGUGGCAGAGCCUGGGACCUGGAGUCUCUGUGGAGCCAGGCUUUGACCACGUUUCUCUAGGGCUUCACGUUUCUUAGGGUGCGGUGUACCAUGUCCUUCCCAAACCGGCUAGCCUAGCUUCCCUAGGAGGCAGCUAAUGAUGGCAACAGAGAGCUGAGGGAGUUGCUUGGUUUGAUGUGAGGGGCGUGGAGAUUCUCUUAUGUCUUGGUGGAUCGUGGACAGUGCCUUCAGCACAUGGACAGCGCGCAUUGGAGUUGUGGGCCUGUCGGGGACGGGACAGGAGCAGAUGUUCUGUUCCAGCUGAUAUCUCAUGCGCCUGGGGACAGCAUUAACAGUUGGGCUGCCCACUCUGAUGAAAGGCACCUCGGAUGAUGACGUCCCAUGCCCUGGGUAUCUGUUUGAGGAAAUUGCAAAGAUCUCCCACGACUCCCCAGGGAGCAGUCAGUGCCUCCUGGAGCACCUCCUGAACCGACUGCAGAAUAACUCCUGUCACGUCAAGCUGAAGGUGCUGAAGAUUCUGCUGUACAUGUGCACACAUGGCUCUUUGCAGUUCCUUCAGCAGCUGAAAAGGAAUUCCGCCUUCAUCCAGGAAGCAGCAGUGUUCGCAGGGCCGCCAGAUCCCCUGCACGGCAACAGCUUGUACCAGAAGGUCCGAGCAGCAGCACAGGAUUUGGCUAGUGCUUUAUUUUUGGAUACCUUGUCGCCCCCGCCCUCUGCUCAGCCCUCCAGGCCACUUCCCCCAACAGGAAUGGGCUGCAAGCCUGGCCCCUGCAGCUCCUUGCAAGGCUUUGGCUUCACGAGCGAGAGAAGCGGCUCCCCUUCCGCUGGCGAGGCCCUGCUCGCCACCAUACAGAAAGCAGCCGAGGCAGUCGCCAGCGCUGUGCUGCCCAGCCCGGAGUUCCCCCCUCCCUGCCCCAGGGAGCUACAGGAUGAUGCCUACCAGCCCGUGACGGCGCCUUCUCCUGGCAAAAGCUGUGUGGUGCCUCAGAAGCCCCCUGCUGCUGCAGCCCACAGCAUGCGAGUGAGUCACCAACCUGGGCAGGCAGGAGGUGGCUGGGAAGAGAUGGACAGUGGGCACAGCUCCCAGAACUCCUCGCAGGAGAACGGGGAGCUGAGCAGGACCUCCGACUCCUACAGCAAAUCAGGCAGCGACAGCCCCUCGGGGGCCAGCAGGGAGCUGGGGAAUGUAACUGAGAGGGUGGAGGGCGACUGCCUGCAGGAGCUGAGUCUGGUGAGCGCGCUGACCAGGGGCUCCAGGGUCUUCCUGACACGGGAGGAGGCCCAGCACUUCAUCAAAGAGUGCGGGCUGCUGAACUGUGAGGUGGUGCUGGAGCUGCUGAGCCGGAUGCUGCAGGACCCCAGCCAGCUCAUCUGCAUGAGGUCCAUGUGUGCCAUAUCUUCCCUCCUGUGCUCCGACCUGCUGGCCCACGAGCAGAUCUCUGUGAUUACCCGGCCACACCUGCAGCAGCUCAGCCAAAGAAGCCCCGGUCCCGUGGCCAACAAAGCAACCAAGCUCCUGAGGCAGUUUGAGGCUUUGUGCAGGAGCUGCCCGUCUCCCAAGAGAUCAGAGCCAGACAUGGAUCCCUCUGCUCCUGCCGGGGGCUCCCUCCAACACACGCAUGACUUGCUGAUGGACCUCAUGCCUCUGGCAGGAGAUACCGUGCUCAAGCCUGUGAGCUUAGCCCCUUUCCUCUCGGAGACAUGUAAAGCCCCAGCAUUCGAUGCGCAUCCUGUGGCCGUGCCCGCCCCUGCGGGAGAGCAGAGCACAGAAGGGGAGACCUGUAAGCCAUUUGGGGAUGUUGCACCAGACUGUCGGUGUCAGCAGGAGGUGGAGUGCAGACUAACGGGGCCGGAGGCCCGGCUGGAUGCUGCCCGGAUCGAUUCCGGGCGUGCACAGACGUUGAAUGGCAGGCAGGGGGCAGCUGUACCCCCUCAGAGCCUCUCCCUGUUCGCUGGCAUGGAGCUGAUGGCUCUUCCAGGCACAGCAGUAGCCAACUCUGGUGGGGAGGGAUGUGCCUCUUGUGUUCCACAGACACUGCCCUGCACUGGGACUGCCAGCACCAAUGCUCACGGGGACUGCGAGGGCAGCAGGGAACCUUCUGCAUUCUCCUUCCUCAACAUGUAGCAGCUGGGGCUGCAGGACGCUGAGGGACUGGGGUCUUGCUCACUGCGUGUCGCUCUCAGACCAUCACUACAGCUGCUCACUCCAAAGCGAGGCCUCCCCAUUCCUUGUGGGUGCUGCCAAGUCCACGUCCUGCAGAAAGGGGCUGGCAGCGCCGGUGCUGCUGGGGAGUAUCUCGCUGGGGCACAAUGAGGAAAUGGAGUCUCCAGUCACUCCCUUCAGUUUGAUCCCUGGAGAUGCCCUCGAAAAAUCCAUGAGUAACCCUACAAUAACAAUCCAGCAUGAUCCCACACGGGGGAGAGGGGGAAUGUGCCACGACAGCCAGUUCCAGGCUGCCGGAGGGGGAGGGGGAGGCAGGAAUGAGAAUCCCCUUGACUCUACCCCCACGUUAAGGUUGUGCUACAGGUUUAAGGCUAAUCAUAUGUGCUUGGCUGCUCUCGCCCUGCUUGGGUCAUCCACCAGUGGCAGUCUAUAACACUGCUCAGGCUAGGGCCUGGGGCAUGCUGGGGAGGGAGGGGCAGUGAGUCCAUAUGGACUCAACCUCUCGUGCUGUGCCUCAGCCUGUGUGAAUGAAUGUACUAGUAACCAGCUCAAUCACUUAACGCGUAUGGAGGGUGGUUAAUGGUACCUUGGAAGGUCCAGGGACGCUGGCUGCCUUUCCCCAGCAUAGCACCCGCCCAGUCCCAUUGCUGUUGGGGCAGAGAGGCAUUGAGUCUGGAAGCCAGGUUUCAGAAGAUCUUUUCAAGGAAGGUGACGCGUUAGGCACCUCAGUUGAUACCACGUGCCCUGCAGGCCUUGGCUGAGCUGCUGUGGGAAUCUGUUUGAGGUGGUUUGGUUUUUCUACUGAGAAUCCAAUAUUGUAGCUACUUGUUCUUUGAAGGUAUGUUACACACACCCACCCCUUGGAGCACUUUAGCAGGGCUGGCAAUGGAAGGGACAAAACACCUAUGUAGAAGCAUGAAUCCCUGUGUGGGGCAGCAGCCCCUUUCACACCUGCAGACUGAUCUCUUGCCCAAUCCUACUGGGCACAGGGAAGCCAACUUACAGGCACAGGCUGCCUUGGGCAACAGAUUGGUGUUUAUUCAGUGUUUACACGUCACAUGCGAGUCCAUCUGGCUGCGAGAGCUGGUUAUGUACAAGUCUGUGUGUUGUCCUUGGGCUUGACAUCAAGAGCAGCCCACCUGUCCCCGUGGGGAAAAUUUGCAACAGGCAAGUUAAAAAUCUCUGGGGAAAAUCCCUUUCUAGCAGUGUCUGAUCUACCCCACGGGACAGAAGCUUGAGUGGGCUCCUGCUGUGUACAAAUCACACCCUGCAGCCAGGGCCCUGCUCACAGACUCCUGCCAACGUUCUUAGCUCCCACAACCUGUCUGCUCUUAGGGCUGGGAGGAGGGAAGGGUCCAUUGUCCGGAAAGCUUCCUGGGAGAAUGUUCCAUGUUUACAGAGCGGGGGGGGGGGAAAGGGGGUGUCCUAAUGUGACUUUAAUAAACACUAAGUUGUGUAUAUUUAAAGUUCGACUAA